UGCUAGAUCCGGGCCCCGGGUCCCCAGAGAGGUGAGGGGGCUGCAGGCGGGCGCUCGGCGCCUCGCUGCUUGGGAUGGUGGUGUCGCGGGCGCCAGGCGGAGCUCUCGCCCUGCGCUGGAGCUAAGCGGCGUUCUGGAUUGUCGUAGCUUUGCUGGGCCUGGGGACCGCGGGGCCGCCGCCGAGCCGGAGCCUCUGGGCCUUUCGCGCGCGUGGGCAGGUUCACCUCUAACCAUACCUGCGAGCGGCGCUGUGGCCUUCCCCGGCUGUCCCCUCUGGGUCCCAACGAGAUGGUCGAGGUCGGUCUCAGCCAGGUGCAGAGGCCGGAGGGCUGGUGCAGGCGCCUCGCCAGACAGCGUCAACUUCGAGGGAUGCCUCUCCGCCAGCCCGCUUCGUCGGAGACCCCGUGUGCUCGCUCCUGAAAUAAAAGAAGUAAUUUCUUCCCGGACCUUGUGGCUUUUCGCCUUUGCCAGACAGUGCAAAAGAGUGACUGACCAACUCCACCCCAGGGUUUGCAGUAGAGGCUCGUGAAUGACAGGCGCGUGUCUGCAUCCCGGCCCCCCGGACGGUCUCAGGAGAGCGGCCCCGGCAGGAUCCGUGGGGCGUUCAGAGAGAGGGGUCGUCAGUGCAUGAUCCCAGAGGUCUGACCUGUUUCCAAGGAGGGAAGUUGUGUCCCGAGCCCCAGCAUGGCAGCUAAAAUGGAGAUCACCUUGAGCUCCCACCCGCAGGCCUCCUCCAAGCAGGAGAGACACAUAAUAGCAAAGCUGGAAGAGAAGCGGGAGCCCGCUCCCCAGAAAAGCCGGCCGGACCCGGAGCUGUCCCGCCAGAGCUUCCGGCGGUUUUGUUACCAGGAGGUGUCGGGGCCCCAGGAGGCGCUGGCGCAGCUCCGCCUGCUGUGCCGCCAGUGGCUGCAGCCCGAGCUGCACACCAAGGAGCAGAUCCUGGAGCUGCUGGUGAUGGAGCAGUUCCUGACCAUCCUGCCCCCGGAGCUGCAGGCGCGGGUCAGGCGGCGGCGCCCAGGGAGCAGCAAGGAGAUGGUGAGCCUGGUGGAGGAUUUCCAGAGGGCAGCCAAGAAGCCAAAGCAGUGGGUGGCCGUGUGCAUGCAGGGGCAGAAGGUGCUCUUUGAGAAAACUGGAUCCCAGCUUGAAGAGGAGCUGCCAGACCUCCCCCCACACGCUCCUAGGCGAGAUCUCAGGGAAGACUGUGUGGAGGAGCUUUCCCAGGCAGAAUCCCAUGACCGGGUGAGCCCCCAUCAGUGGGAGAAAUCCCCACUCCUCCAGGAACCAGCCCCCAGGGUGGCUGGAGCAGAGGCCCCCAGAGUGGGAAGUGACAACAAGGAGAACCCUCAGCCGGAAGGGGCUAAAGGAGCAAAGCCAUGCGCGGCAUCAGCCGGCAGGUCCAGGGGCGGUGGGCUGCAGAGUCCCGAGCCCCGAGGGGCGAGCCUGGCUGAGCCCCGGCUGUCCCGGAGGCAGGGCGGCUCCCAAAGUGCCCAGAAGCCAUUUGCUCACUACCAGAGACACUGCAGGGAACUGGACCACAUCAGCAGCCCCCUAAAAACGCACCCGCUGAGGGAGCUGAAGAAGAGCAAAGGAGGCCGAAGAGGCCUGAGCGGCCGCCUGCCGCGGCUCGGCCACCCGGCGCCGCGCUCGGCCAGGAAGCCCUACAGGUGCGACGACUGUGGGAAGAGCUUCACGUGGAACUCGGAGCUGAAGAGACACAAGCGCGUGCACACGGGAGAGAGGCCCUACGCCUGCGGGGAGUGCGGCCACUGCUUCGGGCGCCAGUCGACCCUCAAGCUGCACCAGAGGAUCCACACCGGCGAGAAGCCCUACCAGUGCAGCCAGUGUGGGAAAAGCUUUCGCCAGAGCUCCAACCUUCACCAGCAUCACCGGCUCCACCACGGCGACUGAGCGCGCCCGGCGCCAGGAGGGUCUUCGGGUUUCCCCUCCCCUUCCCCGCAUGGAAGCCACAGACCGCGUGACUUGCAGGACAGCAGGGGCCCUGGAGGGGUGCGGGUGCCCAUCUGGCCGGUGAGGAGCCUGGCACAGGCUGACCGGGAUCCUGACCGGGCCCAGUGCUGGGAGGAAGAGCCGGCGGCUGUGGGCGGGGGCCGUCUGCAGCAGGUGGCAGGCAGCUCCCGAGGGAGAAGCUGGGUGACCCCACGGGGCCCUGACCGUCCUGUCGCCCUCUGUUGCUUUAUUUGUCUUCUCAAAUACUAAAAGGUAGACUGUGUAUGUCGUGCGUUUCCUGUCAGGCCAGACAAUCAGGUGGUCCAGCAGGACUCCAGGCAGCCAAGCCCCAGCGCUCUGUGAUACCCAGCUGUGCUUAAGCGGAGGAGUUGAUCAUUUGUGUGAGCAGAGGGUUUCCAAGUAAUUAGAUCCAGAAAGAAAGAAAAAGUGUGGCGAGGGAUCCUUUUCUGCUGAACACCUCUGAUUUAGAAGAAGAUCCACGUGGUUGCUUUGUCCCUAGCCCGAGAGGUAGGGAAACUACCUGACCCUGACCCUGACCCUGACCCUGACCCUGACCCUAACCCUAACCGAGGCCAGAGACUGCUCGGGGACACCAGGGGUCCUCCCCGCUCCGCCUGCUCGCCGAGGCCGCUGGUUUGAGGAACGACAGAAGGGAUGGGGUGACGACGUGUUCUGAAGUUGGAUUGUGCUUGCAGAGCUUGGGUUCACUUGAUGGUAUGUAAAUUGUGCCUCACGAGUGUUCUAAAACAUAAGAGAGUAUAUUUCUAUAAAAUGCUCAAGUCCUGGACCUGGGCCCUGGGAAAUCCUCUAAUCCUCCCUCCUCGUUUUCUCAAAGUACAAAUAAAACCCAGGCAGUACGAAAGUGUUAGUCACCCGGGCAGCCAGCCAUUCCUCAGUGUGGGGGAAUCGGGCCGAUCCGAUCCGUGUGCACCGCCUGCGGAAACAGGCAGGCAGGCGCCCCGGGCGCUCUUAUGCCCCCAGAAUCCCAUGUCAGUGCACACUCUGCCUUUGAACACUCUCCCGUUUGCAUCUGGGCCUGUGACACCCCCGUGUCCCCUCCCUGUCUUCCCCCAGCCGCCUGGGCACAGCUUUGCUGGCUGAGCCUCUGGGGAGGGAGGGCUGCCCGAGACCUCUAGAGGAGUGGACGCUGGGGUCCUGCUGAGUGCCCCCUAGUGCCCAGGAUGCCCCACAGCAGUCACGCGGCUCAGCCGCAGUAGGGCUGCGGUGGGGAGACUGCUCCCUGCACGCUGCGUGGGGAGAACGACCUCAUUUUCCACUCUUGUAGCUUUUAGACUCGGCCCGUGUCCAGCUGAAAGAAACGGAUACUAGCUGAGACCCUCGCUUUCCACUCAGGGCCCAUUUUGGCCUGAAUGCAGUGACCCUGGGCGCAGUGGGUGGGCAGCACUUGUGUUUGGGGCAGAGGCGCAUUGAAAGCCCCGUGGCUUCCUCAUAGCUGUGGUGGCCCUGGAGGCCUCCCUCCCAGCUCCUGUGCUGACCACCACGGGACCCCUCUUCAAAUUCAGCUGCCUGCUAGCGCACUGCAGUCUGCAGCCUCCCUGGUCAGGGCCUCUGGGUUUCUCAUCUGUUCCCCCAUCCCUCGCCCCACCCUCUCUUUCUAGGCCAAAUUUCACUGUUGUCUCUUAAGUUCCAAGUCAUGGUCAUGUGUGUGUCUGUUCCUGCUGAUGCUGUAACAAAUGCCCGCAAACUCGGUGGCCUAACACAAGCUUCUCCAGUUCUGGAGGUCGGAAGUCCAGCGUGAGUCUUGCUCAGCCAAAAUCCAGCUUUCUGGAGGGCUGGGCCCUUCCAGAGGCUCUGAGAGCGAAUCUGGCUCUGGGACUUGUUCAGCUUCUAGUUGCCACCUGUGCUCUGUGGCUCAUGGGCCCCUCCAGUGUCCCGCAGUCUCUCGUUACAUCACCUGCUCCUCUGACCCGGACGCUCCCACCUCCCUCCUCUGAGGACGGUUGGGAUUCUCCUGGGCCCAGGAUGAUCUUCCCAUCUUAACACCCUUAACUUAGUAACAGCCGGGAAGCCCACGGGCCACAUAAGGGACGGUGCCAGGUUCCAGGACCUAGGAUGUGGACAUGUUUGGGGCCUGAUGAUGCCCGCCAGGCAGGUCCAUCUCGAGUCAAGCUGCUCCAUCCGAGAGGACCCCUGCCUGAGAGAAAGAGCGUGCGUUUGCACUUCCCUUAGCUAUAAAGCUUGGCACAGGGCCCUUCCUGCAAUGAGAGCUUGUGCUUGCUCAGUGUGCUUCACAAGGAGCCGUGUGUGUCUGUGUGUGUGUUUGCGUGUGUGCGUGUAUGUGUGUGCGCACGUGUGUGUGUGUGUUUCCACUCUUAUUACAGAAUUGAUAAAUGUUUAAUCUUGGUGUCUUUGGAUGAUGAACUGUCAACCGUGGACCCUGAAUAAAUGUGACAAAAUCACCA